AGCUGCUUCUUGUAACAAGCCUAUACUCCACAUUAUCUAAAGCCAAAAUCACUGAAGACGACCCUGGCAAUUUUUGAAUUUGAGUAGAUGGCUCUGCCUGGAAGUGUCACGUUCACGUUGACACUUUACAGGUUAACAGCUGAUAAACACAGCUGUUGCGUGUGAUUUAUGUUAAUAUCUUCUAAUGUGUACUUUCUUGAAAAUAGUGUACUUUGUUCAAUCUAAUCGGAUUACUUCAUAAAAUUAGAGGAAUUUGUGACACACAAGUGCGUUUUAUCAAACUUUCUUAUACAAUGUAAAGACUUUUAUUUAAUCGUAAUCGUAUGCAGCAGUUUUAUCACUAUUGUCUCGAUAGAUGUUAAAUUUGAGUACCAGCAUAAUUUUAUUAGUGAUAACUGAAUUAUGUGAUAAGUAUCAUAUAGGGGUUGAGUGUUGAGAGAAACGUAAACUUCUGAAGUACAUCAUUUAAAAGGUGACAAUGGAAGGUGAAGAUUCCUCAAUUCAUGAUGCAGGAACAGCAGAAUCUCAAGAAAAUUUCGUAGAUGCAGAUAGUUUGCCCCCAGGAUGUUACAAUUGGUUUUGCCAUCCUGCAGGGAGAUGCCACAGGUUUAUUGCCCUCAUUUUUAUGUGCUUUUUAGGAUUUGGAUCGUAUUUUUGUUAUGAUAACCCUGGAGCAUUGAUAGACGACAUGAAAAAGGAUCUCAAUAUUACAAACGCUGAAUAUUCUAUAUUAUAUUCCAUAUAUUCAUGGCCAAAUGUGGUACUAUGUUUUUUAGGAGGAUUUUUAAUAGACAGUGUAUUUGGAAUUCGUCUAGGAGCCAUUAUUUAUUCAGCUUUCACAUUAGGAGGACAUGCAAUUUUUGCAUUAGGCGCAUAUUGUAAAACAUAUUGGCUCAUGGUAUUAGGACGAUUCAUAUUCGGUAUUGGAGGAGAAUCAUUAGCUGUUGCUCAGAACAACUAUGCUGUACUGUGGUUCAGUGGGAAAGAGUUGAACAUGGUAUUUGGGUUACAGCUCAGCUUUUCACGAGUUGGUAGCACUGCUAAUUUUUUAGCAAUGGAGCCUUUAUAUAAGUGGGUCCACAAUAUGGGUAUAAGUGGACACCAGUUACUUGGGAUAGUAUUAUUCAUAGCUGGCACAACUUGCGUGUUUUCACUUAUAUGUGGGCUGAUCCUAGGAGCAUUAGAUAGAAGGGCUGAAAGGAUUUUAUCCAGGAGUAACAAUACCUCAGGCGAGGUGGUGCGAUUGAGUGACGUUAAAAAUUUCAAAGCACCGUUUUGGCUAAUAACUGUUAUUUGUGUUACGUAUUACGUGGCAAUUUUCCCUUUUGUCACCUAUGCAAAGGAAUUUUUCAUAGAACGUUUCCAUAUGGCGUCGGAAGAUGCCAAUGUCGUGAGCAGUUUAAUCUACACAAUUUCAAUGGUGGCAUCGCCUAUUUUGGGUUUUCUAAUUGACAUGACUGGAAGAAAUAUUGCUUGGAUUUUAGGAGCGAUACCUAUAACCAUGCUUGCACAUAUCCUACUUACUUUUACGGUGCUGAAUCCGUAUGUUGGAGUGGUUAUUAUGGGUAUUGCAUAUUCUGCCUUGGCCAGCAGUUUGUGGCCUUUGGUCUCUCUUAUUAUUCCAGAUUAUCAGCUUGGAACUGCAUACGGAGUCCCCAGAGGAAGAACUCCAUGGGCGUUAGAUCGCACGAUCUUGGCUGUUGUUUCCAAACUUUUGUCCGCCGACGCAUCCGAGACAGAGAAACAACCGCCCGUCUCUCAAAUCGCGAAAGAAACCUGGAGAAGAAGUUUCCGAGCCCUCCUCAGUCGCUUGUCCGUAAUGCCAAAUUUUGCGGCCUGGUCAAGUUUCUGUGGCCACUCAAUCAUGCUAUGUUUAUUAAUCUAUUGUAAAUCUAGCUACUUUUGGUAUUUGAUAUAACAUUUUGUUUUUAGAUGUCAAGCAAUUCAAAAUCUGGGUCUAGCUGUGAUAAAUAUCGUAACUGGUGUUAUUGUUGACAAAUAUGGAUUUGUGGCCUUAGAAAUAUUCUUCCUCUGUUGCCUGUCGGCGGCACUUCUCUCUACAAUGGGUAUGGCAAUAAUGGACAAAAUGCAAAAUGGCACUCUUAAUAUGUCAAGAGCACAAAGGCAAAGGCAUCAACAGAGCAUUAUUAUAUCAGGAGCGCUGGAAAGGGAAAAACUACUUGCCGGAGGAGGGGAGUCGUCAACUGAUAUGUACGAUUCCACUGCUGACUUACCUGCGAACAACAGCUCUCAGCCUUCAACAUAAGCCGAAGAUGAUAGUCAUGGACGAGUGUUGCAUCAAGCUGUAUCUGAAGACAUAUUAACUUGUUUUUCUUCAACUACCUUCAAACCCCAUUUAAUUUGGUCAGAGGACAGGUUUUGAUCAAAUUAUGUGCUUAUGUAAUGAACUUUUUCCAUCAAAACUUACUGUGUCUGACCAUAGAUCAAACUGUUCCAUGUCUUCAGAAUAUGUGGUCUCAUACACUUACAUCUAGCAAAUACUUCAAUUGUGAUAUGAAUGUAUCAAAAAUUAUACGUAACGAUUUAGAAAUGUCAAUUGUUAUUUUUAUAAGACCUAUUGCUUGCUGUGUAUACUGUUGAGUACAAAUAGCAAGUACAUAUUUCUCGAAGUAAAUUUCCGAAUCAUUAUUUAAGUAUAACUUAUUGUCGAUAGUUUGUAUAGAAGGUACAUUAUAAUUUUCUGUAUCGAAGGUUAAGUUUUUAACUAUCGCAUUCAUUCCAUUUUGUACAGGCUCGCAUAUCCUUUUUGUUAAUAUAACAAUAAUACUGAACAAAACGUUAUAUGGACUGCAUACAGAUAUAUAUAGAUUGUUGAAAUUAUUAAUAUAUUUUAUUUGUACCAUUCAAUAUUUCACAAUAAAUUAAUGUUUUAUGUUAUGGGAUACAGAACUGAACACAUUAUUUUAUCAGCGUUAUAGGAAAGUGAAUGAAGCUAAGUUGUUCUAACGAGAGAUCAAGGUAUUUAGUUUGAAUAGAGAUAUUGGAAUAGAUAUCUAACAAUUCUCAGACCCAUUUCGCAUUGCACAUUAGAUAAACUUUUAUAGAUAGAUAAAGGUUUCAGAGAUUUAGUGAAACUGGAACUUUAAAUUUACAUUUUUAAAUUGCUACUUUUGAUAAAUUGCAAUUGCAAUAUAUGGUAUUUGUCCUACAAACAAAUUUACAUAUUGAAUUCUCGAAUGCAAUAAAUUGUGACAUGGUUGGAGCAACUUUUCUCAAUGUUAUUUUUGGUGAUUUGUCAUUGACAUUUAUCGCUUCAUUUUCUACACAAAUACUCCUUGUUGACCAGUCUGUACUUUUGUGAGAAAUCUGCUCUAAGUAAGAAUUUGUUUUAAUACAAGAGGUAUUGAGACAGUAUAGUGCAAACUAUGUAAUUAAUGUUUAUAUAUAUAUUUUAGUAGUUAAGUGAAACUAAUUAAAAAAUAAAUAUAG